AAACUAUGCCAGCACUAAUGAGGGGCUCCUGCCGCCAGCUCUCAACCCCAACAAGGAAGGGAGGGCCUGGGAGUCUCCUGUGGGGACAACACAAGCCAGGGGCCAGGUAUAAAAGCCCUGCAUCCCCAAGCACCUCACACACACAGCUCAUACACUCACACACACUCAAACCCUCCUCCAGCCCCACCACCUCCACCAUGGCAGCCUCCACCCUGUCCGUCUGCUCCAGCGACCUGAGCUAUGACUGUCCAGAGAGCUGCUGCGAGCCCCCCUGCUGUGCUCCCAGCUGCUGUGCCCCAGCCCCCCGCCUGACCCUCCUCUGUGCCCCAGUGAGCUGUGAGUCCAGCCCCUGCUGCCAGCCCUCCUGCUGCACCUCCUCCCCCUACCAGCAGGCCUGCUGUGAGUCCGCCUCCCCCUGUUCUACCUCCUCAUGUUGCCAGCAGUCAAGCUGCCAGCCCUCCUGCUGCACCUCCUCCCCCUGCCAGCAGGCCUGCUGUGAGCCCGUCUGCUGUACCCCUGUUUGCUGCAGGCCCGUCUGCUGCAGGCCUGUCUGCUGCAGGCCCGUGUGCUGUGAGGCCUCCCCCUGCUCAGCCCCCUCAUCCUGCUGCAGACCCUCCACCUCUGUGUCCCUCCUCUGCCGCCCCGUGUGCCGCCCUGCAUGCUGUGUACCCAAGUCCUCCUGCCAGCCCAGCUGCUGCCGCCCGGCCUCCUCCGUGUCCCUCCUCUGCAGGCCCACAUGCUCCCGCCCGGCCUGCUGCAUCCCAACCUCGGCCCCGGAGCCCUGCUGCUGACCUGGCAUGUCACCCCAGAGCCAGCCAAGCUCAGGUUACACCUAUGACUUGGUCCUCUGUCCUGACCUGGGCUGGGUGGUUGCCCUCACUCAGGACAGGGUCCCCGAUGUCUCCACUGUCCUGACUGGCUGACCUCUCACGACUGCCCCAGGAACCCCGACCUCACAGCUCCCUGGGGCUUCUGCCUCCCAGGAGUCGCCUCCAGCUGUCUCUGGGUUACCUGCCCCCCUACCCCUCCAGAUCCUCUUGCUGGGUCACUUGGCCUGGACUUCCAACCAGUCAGCACCCCAUCAGGCACCUGGAUAAAUAAACUCACGUCAUCACCUGAUUGCUCCCUUCAUGUGAUCUCUGGUGGAGUGGAUGCAGGGGUGGAAGGAAGCACACGAUUGUGACCUGACACUAGUCUCCUCCAGCUGAGAGCAUUUCUGUCGGGAAGCGAGUGUGUUAGUCACUCAGUCAUGUCCGACUCUCUGAGACCCCAUAGACUGUAGCCCACCAGGUUCCUCUGUCCAUGGAAUUCUCCAGGCAAGAAUACUGGAGUGGGUUGCUAUUCCCUUCUCCAGGGGAGCUUCCUGACUCAGGGGUCGAACCUGGAUCUCCUGCAUUGCAGGCAGGUUCUUUACUGUCUGAGUUACUGGGGAAGCCCCGGCAGUAAGUGACUGAGACCCCAAAGGGCAUUGGCCUGACCUCUGUGGGCAGGGCCGCCAGGUGGGGCUCCUGCUUCUCCAGGAAGUCAGUGCCUGCUCAGGCCCUGGCCCGUGGCUGGUCCCCUGCAGACCUGUCAUGGUCUAGGGGUUUCUCAGGCUCUCUGGACUGUUCCUGCCCACUUGAAACAUAUGGGCCAACUGGCCCCUUGAGUCUUCUCCAUGCGGGUGGCCUAAGGACCCCAUGUAUCACAACCUGUAGGUGGCUGGGGUCACCCCUUUUGGUCCGCCAGUGGGUCUGCACUUUUAGCAGAAAUGUGGUGGGAGUGGGGAGGGCUGCUCCAACCGUGUGGGGUGAGAGGGCCUGGAUGACCUUCCCCCUCGACUGAUCCAGAGAGCUAACAAGAUCAGGACACAAGGAGGUUGAGAUGCUGGACUUGAGGAGGACAGCACAGGCCCACCUGGGAGGGGAAAGAAACUGAGUGGGUCUCACAGCUGCCCAGCUCACCCCCUCGAGAAUGUUUCCAGGACCCAGGCCAGAAACCCAGGUGGAGUGCCAUGGAUCCCUCAGUUUUAGAGCUGGUCUGCGAACUGGGGGCAGUGUGGGGCAGCUAGUGGCCGGGGUCAGGAUGCCAGAGAGAAGAGAGCUGUUCUGAGGAACUCCCCUGUCCACGGAGGGUCUCCCUCAAGUGUCCCCUGAGAAAUGAUAAGCAAACAGGUGUGAGGCUGAGCCUGGGAAAAUGCAUAAAGUUAGCUGGACUGAUUGGCAGAGAUGAGAGACAGCCUUAAAUGGACCUACCCCCACCAGCCUGUUGGAAACAUUCAUAAGUCUCAGGACAUGGGUUGGCUCUUCCGAAGGAUGUUGCCUCAACUCUGAGAGACAAUAGUAGGAAUGGAAGAGGAGAAAUUAGCACAGAUCCCCCCAGAUAUUAAAAGGAAAUGCAAUAAGCAAUUAAGGUGAUAUUGACUCAUUCUUUGAAGGCACAAAUAACCAAAAUUCACUUAAAAACACCCAGAUCUCCUCAAUUGUCCUGUAUCAACUUAACAUAUCUUGUUUUUUAGGGCAGUUUUAGGUUCAGAGCAAAACUGAGUGGGAGGUAUAGAGUUCCUAUAUAGUCACACCCUCACACAGGUGCAACCUACCCCACCGUCAGUAUCUUGUGAUUUGAUACAUUUGUUACAAAUGGGCUACAUUUGUUAUAAUGGAUAAACCUACACUGACAUGUUAAUAUCACCCAAAUUGCAUAGUUUACAUAGAGUUCACCCUUGCUGUUGCUAAGUUAUAUGUGUUUUGAUAAGUGUAUUAUAGCACAUGUGGAGCAUUAAGGAAUAGUUUCCCUGCCCUAAAAAUCCUCUGUGCUCCAUCCAUUCAUCUCUUCUUCCCUGCUAACCCUGGCAACCACUGAUCUUUUUACCGACUCCAUAGUUUUGUCUUUUCCAGAAUGUCAUAUCCUUGGAACCAUCAGGAGUGGAAACUUCUCAGAUUGGCUUCUUUCACUUAGGAAUGUGCACUUACGUUUCCUUCAUGUUCCUUCAUGCCUUGAUAGCCUUUUUCUAUUUUUUUUAUUGAGGGAAAAUA